GUGCCGCCGAGCUAAGGCCUAGCUGUAAAACAAUCCCUCAGAGUAGUGUAUUUUCCGCCUGAAUUGAAGGAGAGAAGGCGAGGUAAAGGCGGCCCCCGCCCGUGUCAACACCACCUAAAAUAGAGAUAAUCAAUGAAAACAAACCUCUUAAUCUACGUAUUUUUAGCCUCUGGGCUUCUUGAGGAGGUACAAAUGGGGAUUUCAAGAAACCAUUCAGCAUCAUCAGUGGUGGGGAGCGUGUAGGAGGGUGUGCAAGAGGCCAGGAGAGGAGAAAAUAGGGAUGAUAUGGAGGGUAGUGUAGGUUGUGGGGCCGUCGGCCUAAUGGGGGCGCGUCUUCCAAGUGUUGAUGGAGGAGCCUGUCGAGUGUAGGCCUACUAGGCUGCCGGCCAGGGCAUGGCCCUCUCUCUCUCACUCCUUAUCCACCUCUUUACAUGAGCUCCAGACUUCAAUUUUUUACAGAGAUGUUGGUGAAACAGGAAACACUGUGUUUAUCGAUGCAUCCGCCCUGGGAGAGUUAUCGAGUCAUCUGACACAACAAGAUCUAGAGGCCCUUGUAGGACUCAACAUACAAGCUGCAGCAGACUUUGAGGCUCUUGAUGAACCAACCGAUGCUCAUGUUGUUGACACAAGCGGGGUGCUGAUAUCCGAUGGGGUAACUGUGGGUAAUAUUGUGGAGGUGGCUGGUGGUGAAGGUGUGGAUGAGCAUGAACAUCUUGAGUCACAAACACACCACCAAACAUCCCACCACCAGCCCAUGGAAGUGGAUGCUCUCACACAACAUACACAAGUUAUUGGAGAUAUGGAUAUGUUACAACAAGGGAGUGAACUAAUCACCAUGGCUGGUGAAGAGUUAUCAGCAGGAGGAGAAGCUGGUACAGCAGCUGUGCUUGCUGCUGUUUCUUCUGAGGGAGACAACAAUUCACACCAAAUUGUUACUGAGGCUCCCCAGGUUAUUAAGGGCAACCUUGGCCAAUUUGUUGUGCUCCAGCAAAACCAGCAGAACUCCAUUUCCCUGGGAUCCAUGAAUAACCGCAUAAUAACCUCUGGUGGACAAGUCGUUUCAACAGUUGGAGGACUUAAUAACAGCAGCAACAAACCAGUAGUAGUGAACACUUCACAGCUGGGUGGAUCACUGAGGCAGCAGAUGGUUGUAACUCAACCCACACCACAGACACAGCAGGUUCGAACGGUGCAGUUUAAGCAAACACCACACACACAAUCACUUAACAGUGGAACUGUAACAAAAGUAAUCAUAACAAGUCAGGCUGGUGGUGGUAUUGGCACCAUGGGAGGACAGCAGGUGCAGCUUGUUACCAGCCAGAGUGGCAGUGGUGGUAGCGCUCAAGUGGUAUCCUCUCCCACUAAGCUAACGCUACAGCAGGCACAACGGAUGGGUCUUAUAUCACCAACAAAACCUCUCAAUCAAUCACCAAACAAGCAGAUUGUUGUUCAGCGGGUCAGUAUGGGCGGAGUAUCCCCAAUGAAGAGCCCUAGUAAGUUGAUCCCAGUGUCUAUGGCCACUAAAUCACCCACAAAAAUUGCCCCUGCCCCACCCACUGGACAGCAGCAGAUUAUCACACAUCAGAUCAGCAGUGGAGGAGCAGUUCGUAACAUACUAUCAAGCCCACAGAAAAUUGUCAUUAAAAGCAGUGUACCUCAGCCUGGACAGGGGACAGUAAGCACAGUAAGAACCGGGCAGAUUGUAACUUCAGGAGGACAACAGGUCAUCAAGAUACCUGCAAGUCAGGUCCAGCAACUAACAGGUCAACCUCAAAAUGUUCAAGUUCUGUCAAAUAAGAUGAAUUAUGUUCGACUUGUAAAUCCAGGUGUAGGCGGUGGAGGAGGUGGGGGAGGAACCACCUUGAUACGACCCACACCCUCAACCAACAAACCUAUUGCUCCUGCAGCUUCACAACCAAUCAAGAUAAAGGCAAUGCCUAUAACACACAAUCAACAGACAAAUAAGCAACGAGUGAUAAUCCCAGUAUCUGGAUCAGUAACAACAUCUAGUAUGGGAGGUGGGGUACCUAUCCGCCCCCAAACUAACCUUACCUUGCCAGCUUCUGCUCUUCCUCCGGGAGUGCUCUCAAAUACUCAACCUGGCUCAGUUGUUAUGAUUCCUGCUCACUAUAUGUCUCAGCUCCAGUCCAGCACAUCAAACAACACGACAGUCCAGAUGUCUAACCAGCCUCCUCCUGGUACAAUAAUUCCACAGCCUCCUAAACCCCAACCACCCCGCACUGUUAUUGAUGCCAAUGGAAUAAGACCAAGAAAACCAUGCAACUGUACAAAAAGCCAGUGUCUUAAACUAUACUGUGAUUGUUUUGCAAAUGGCGAAUUUUGCAAUAAUUGUAACUGUGCAAACUGUUUCAAUAAUCUAACACAUGAAGAAGAUAGACAGAAGGCUAUUAAAGCUUGCUUAGACAGAAACCCCCAAGCUUUCCGGCCUAAAAUUGGCAAAGGUGGCAGCGACAACGAGAGAAGACAUAAUAAAGGAUGUAACUGCAAGCGUUCGGGAUGCCUUAAAAAUUAUUGUGAAUGUUAUGAGGCCAAGAUACCAUGCUCUAAUAUGUGUAAGUGUGUUGGCUGCAAAAAUGUAGACAUGAAUCCAGCUGUAGAGCGGAAAGGCUUGAUGCAGCUUGCAGAAUGUGCAGAAGCCAGAGUGAAUCAACAAAAAGCUGUAAAGUCCAAGCUACCAUCAUUUUCUCACCAUUCACCUACAAAAAUGCUUUUACCCACAUCAUCAAGAUCUGGUUACUGUCGCAUGAAUCAAGAAGUAGUGGAAGCGACAUGCCAGUGUCUACUAGCCCAGGCAGACAAAGCAGAAAAUGCCCUAGUAUCUAAGGCCCAGUUAGAGCAUACAGUAAUUGCAGAAUUUUCCCGGUGCCUCAUGCAAAUUAUUGGCAGCUAUACUUCCCGGUCUAGAGAAACACUGCUGCAAACCCAACACCAUCAGCAUGAGAAUGAGAUGGAAGCGAUUAAGAAAAAGAGAGCGAGAAGCAACUGUAGGGAUUUGGGCCUUCGCGCACUGCAGUGGGGAAAAACAGACAUUAACUAUCAGAACUUCCCAAGGGGUAAGUGAAAAGUUAGAUGCUAG